AUCAAAUCCAGACAAAGAUAUGGACGUUCAGGACGGUGAUGACCAGGGCGGUUCUGGUGGCCUGGCCCAGUCUCGGUCCAGACGGGAGAAGAGGGAGAAGGUGGGGAGGAAGUCUGCACUGGAGCAGCUGAAGAAAGCCAAGAUGGGCCAGAAGAUCAAGUAUGAGGUUGAGGAACUUGCCAGCGUAUAUGAGGAGGUAGAUGAGGUGCAGUACUCUAAGAUGGUACGAGAGAGGCAGGAGGACGACUGGAUCAUUGAUGAUGAUGGAACGGGAUAUGUGGAGGACGGGAGAGAAAUCUUUGAUGAUGAUUUAGAUGACGAUGUGGUUGAAAAGAAAGGAAAGGGCGGCGCUAAAGGAGGAGAUUCAAGGAAAACUGUCAAAAAAUCCGUUGUCUCCAAACCCAACACCAUUAAGAGUCUGUUCAUGAACAGCAACGUGAAGAGGCCUGCGGAGAAAGAUGUCGAUUUGUCCAAAGACGACUUGCUGGGGGAUAUUUUACAGGACCUGCACGCUGAGAAACCAUCCGCCCUCACUCCUCCACCUGUGGUCACGCUAAAGAAAAAGAAGUCUGUGGCGUCGCCCAUGAAUCCCUUUUCCAUCAAGCCGCAGAUUUCAAAGCAGGAGCCGCCUGCAGCUACUGGGUUCAAGGCUAAAGGUGUCCGACCGCCGCCUUCAGAUCCCACCCCCAGACCGUCGACCCGCCCUCGCCCCUCCGUGUCUGAUGGUCCUCUGGAAGAGCGCGGCACAAAGCUGGAGGAGCCGACGAAAGCAGAAGAACAUGACUCCAUGGCGUUGGAGGAGGUGGACUUCGAUGAGCCAAUGGAGGUCGAUCCGGAGGAGGAUAAACAUGGAGUUAAAGAAGACGCCGAGUCAGCGCCUGAAGCGGUGACCGCAGUUCAGAAGGAGCCCGCAGUGAAACCCCAAGAUCCUGCUCCAUGGUCCAGCGGGGUUGGAGGUUCUUGGGGACAAGACGAGGAGAGCGGAGUCUGUGAAGCUCCUGCGGAGGUGCAGGUCGACUCCAGCCAGCUCCCGCUGGUGGAGGACGCCGACAGGGAGCAGGUCUUCCGCUUUUACUGGUUGGAUGCUUUUGAGGACCCGUACAUCCAACCAGGUGUGGUGUACCUGUUUGGCAAAGUGUGGAUCGAGUCGGCAAAGUUUCACGUCAGCUGCUGCGUCGCUGUCAAGAACAUUGAACGCACCAUGUACCUUCUCCCUCGUGAAUACAAAACCAACCCAAAGACUGGGGAGGUGUCGGACACGCCUGUGAGCAUGAUGGAUGUUUACCAGGAGUUCGACCAGCUCUCUGAGAAGUUCAGGAUCAUGAAGUUCAAGUCUAAGGUUUUGGAGAGAAACUACGCUUUUGAAAUUCCCGAUGUGCCCAGUCAGUGCGAUUACCUGGAAGUCAGAUACAGUGCUGAGUUCCCGGCGCUGCCCUCGGACCUGAGAGGAGAAACGUUUUCCCACAUUUUUGGAACGAACACCUCGAGUCUGGAGCACCUCCUUCUCAGCAGGAAGAUUAAAGGUCCCUGCUGGUUGGAUGUUAAAACGCCACAGCUGACGAGCCAGCCGGUCAGCUGGUGCAAGGUGGAGGCUCUGGCUCUGAGAAGUGACCUGGUCAGUGUGGUUAAAGACCUGCCGCCCCCGCCCCUCACCGUCAUGUCCAUCAGCCUGAAGACCGUUCAGAACCCCAAGACGCACCAGAACGAGGUCGUCUCUUUAGCUGCUCUUGUCCAUUAUCAGUUCCACAUGGACAAAGCUCCUCCUCAGCCUCCGUACCAAACUCAUUUUUGUGUUAUCAGUAAACCAGCUGACUGCAUCUUCCCGUACGACUUUAAAGAAGCUGUGAGGAAGAAGAAUGGGAGGGUGGAGAUGGCGUCCGCCGAGCGGACUCUGCUCGGCUUCUUUCUGGCCAAGAUGCACAAAGUGGACCCGGAUGUUCUGGUGGGCUGGUUGGUGUGUGAGGACCAGGCCUGUCAGAACAGAACCAGGCGUUUGCCCAUCGCCUUCUCCCAGCACGGACCCAUCUGCCCGGCCUGCAGCCGAGCUUCUCUCAGACCCGAGUACUCUGAGAAGGCCCUGUACAACCAGCUGUGCUUCUACAGAUUCAUCUUUGACUGGGAACACGCGCUCAACAAAGUACUAACACCCGAAGAAAGAAAUCUAGUCUCCAAACAACCACCUGAGCUGUACCAGAAGCUAAAAGACGUUCUGGACAAAGCUUUGGCCACCAGCAGCUACUCCGACGUUAACCUGGCCAAACUCUUCCAGGCUUUCUCCUCCCUCAAAUAA